AUGGAGAAACAAAUUCCUCUAUUGCUAUGCCUCUUCCUCUUCAUCUUCUCAAUCGCAUCCUCUUUCCAUGAAACCGAAGCUCGAAAACACUCCAAUAAGCCCGCACCAAUCACGAGGCUAGUCUCAAGAAGUCUCUACGACUCAAUCUUCAUCCACAAGGAUAACAACGCAUGCCCUGCAAAAGGUUUCUACCCCUACGAAGCAUUCGUCGAGGCAACAAGGUGUUUCCCGAAGUUCGCGACCGUAGGAGCUCCGACGACAAGGCGACGUGAAGUGGCUGCGUUCUUGGCGCAGAUAUCUCACGAGACGACAGGUGGUUGGGCCACGGCACCGGACGGACCGUACGCGUGGGGGCUGUGUUUUAAAGAAGAAGUGAGUCCAGGGAGUAUUUAUUGUGAUGCUACUAACACCGAUUGGCCUUGUGUCCCUGGCAAGUCUUAUAAAGGAAGAGGUCCCAUUCAACUUUCUUGGAAUUACAAUUACGGACAGGCGGGUCGGGCACUGGGCUUCGACGGUUUGGGUAACCCAGAAAGUGUUGCCAACAACUCCGUUUUAGCUUUCAAGACAGCUCUUUGGUUUUGGAUGACCGAACAACUUCCCAAACCAUCUUGCCAUGACGUCAUGGUCAACCGAUACAGACCAACAAAAGCAGAUUUAGCAGCGAACCGGACCGUCGGAUUCGGUUUAACCACCAACAUCAUAAACGGCGGGUUAGAGUGCGGGAUACCCGGAGAUGGACGGGUCAGUGACCGGGUCGGGUAUUUCCAAAGAUACGCACAGUUGUUUAACGUCAACACAGGACCUUAUUUAGACUGCGAGAACCAAAGACCUUUCGCCUAA